AUGGAAGGCCAUCAAAUCCAUCAAAUGAAAAGGCUUGUAAUUUUAUUAUUGAUUGCCUUGGUUGUAUGUGUAGGCGUGACCAAUUCAGCCAAUGGACAAAAACCAAGCUUUCAAAAGAUAAUUAAUAAUAUUAGAGCAAAAUCAUGUAAUCUUGUCGGUUUGGAUGGUGUUUCCAAAUGUAAGGACAUGUUAAAGGUUGGAGCUAAUGGAGAGAAGAAUAUUAGGGAUCAAAUUAAGGCAGGCAUUGGCUUUGGUCGUUAUACACAUGAAGUAAUGCUCCCUGUUCUCAAAUCUAAACAAGGACAAGAUGGUAUUGUUGCUGGAGGAGUUCUCAAUGCUGAAUUCAUCAAACAAAUGAAGAGUCCUAGAGAAUUCUAUGAGAUGAUGUAUCCAAGCGCAACCAAUAAGGAUAACUCAAAGAUUUACAAUGGAUUAUACGCUCGUUCUGCUGGCAUUAUUUUCGACAGUUAUUUUGCUGGAAGUUUGACAAUUACCAGUGCUCAAAAACAAUUUUUUACUCAUUAUGUGGAAAGUGAAGAUGUUGUAACUGAUGAAUUCCAACAAAUUAUUGACUUGUUACCUGAUGCAUUCGAUCAAGAUGUUUAUAAUCUAGUUCUUACAUAUUUUGGGGAUGUUGUUAUGACUAAGGUCAGCUAUGGAGGUGUUGUUGAUCAGACCACUCUCAUCAAGGAAUGUUACACUGAUCCUAAAAUGAUGGAUUAUAUCAAGAGUCAAUUGAAUAGUCUCAUUAAUAACAAGACUGAUACUCCUCCUAAUGGUUUUAUUAAUUACAGAAAGGUCGAACAGGUUGAUAUUGCAGGUGGAAAUCCAGAACUCUCACUUGUUCAAAAGAGAAUCGCCUCAUUUGCUGAAAAUCCAGUUCCUGUCCAAUUCGAUGUCAAACCAAUAUAUCAAGUAUUUCCUACUGGUACCAAGAGAGAAAACAUGAAGAAAGUUUACGAUGCGCUUGUUCAACAACAAUCAAACAUUGUUAAUGACAUACUGAAAAAAAUUGAAGAUAAUAAGCUUGUUGAAUUCUUAAAGGGACAAACUAUUUACAUUUACGAUGUACAAACAAGCCUAUGUAAGAAUCCUAUUGUCUUUUUCAAUAAUUGUCCUCAUCAAAAAUUGUGUAGAACUGCUUGUGCUAACAAGUUUGAGAGCUCUAUUUUGUCACCAAAUGGUGUUAAGGAAAUUGAACGUUACAAUAUUCACAUUUGUGGAAGUUCUGUUACUCGUGAUAUCAUCAAUGGCGAAUUCACUUCCAAUCCUAUUAAACAUGACAAGGAUGAAUAUGUUUUGCAUCCUCGUUUGGAAUCUGAUGAAACUCCAAAGGAUAAUACCAUCACAGAAUUUUUGGACAGAUUUGGCAUUAUUGAUAUCAACAACAAUGCAAGAUCAGUUUUGAUGAACAAGACAAGAAGUUCUUCUCCUGGAAAUCAUGUUAGAAAGGGAACUUCAUGUCCAGCUGGUUAUGUUGCUCUGGAAAAGUUUAGAAAUGCUGAUGGUGCCUUUGGUGUUCGUGUCAAUAUUUAUAAUGCCAAUGGGAGUGUAUGGAAGACUUAUUUCCAAACUCAAAUGCUCAAUUCUGGAUGUGUUGAUGUUCCGUAUAAGAAGGUUAUGCUUUUGGAUCCAUUUGUUUCAUGGAGUGAUGACAAUUUAAAGUUUACUGCUUGUGCUAUGUGUACUCCUGCUGUUAGUGGUGGAAAUAAUUUGAGUUGUAAUUGCCCUACUUUCUAA